AUGUCGCGCGUCACCAGUGAAGACCCCGCGCGACAAGAGUUGAAAGAAGUCAUUGAGACCUCAACCCACAAGCGCUUACGAACUGUUCUGCUCGAGAUAUGUAACGAGUCGCCAGAAGCUUUCAAGCUAGUAUACGAUAAGCUCUUUGUGAAGGAAGAACAAGCAGGGCGACCAGCGGUGUCCCUUCUUGAUGGGCCGCUCGCAGAGAGUUCCGCUUUCAAGCUACCAAGAGCUCAGAAGCGCGGUCGACGCUUCGACGUUUGUGUGCAGUGUGAAAAAGAGUUUGAUAUACUGAAGGAAGAAAAAUGUGUAUGGCAUCCAGGAGAGUUGGAAAUUUACAACGAUGAGGACUUUUGGACCGAUCAUGAUGAAGACUGCCACGGAGAGAUCGAUACCGAAGAAAUGCGUGAGGAGUAUCCUGAAGGUUUCGUCUGGAGUUGUUGCAAGGGGUAUGGUGAUGCCAAGGGCUGUAGAACAGAUCCUCACGAGCCACGCUCUGCGAAGAGAAGCAGGACUGAGAGUCCCAGUGGCGAGUCAUCAUCGGAACGCGAUUCUGAAUCGGAGUAG